GCAAAACCAAUCCGUGUCAGCGUAUUGUUUCAUAAGACGCUUUUUGAGAUAAGCUUGUGAUAGGAAUAUGCUUGUAAAGUACAUGCAGACAUUCUUCGAAUUGUUCCUUGUAAACUCUGUUUGUGUUCCAAAAUUCUUUCAGAUGUGGUGGAUAAUCACACUUUUGCAACUUGCAGCUGCUCGGAACGUGUUUGUCUCCUCACCCUUCGAUAACUUCAGGAUUGAAUGUCCCAAAAGAACCGCUGCCGUAGAGCUUUCAGUCAGGAUGGUAGAGUCAGUAGGCGCAAAACGACAAGACAUCGUAUUUGACAUGAGCUGCGAAAAGGUCGACGAGCUUUUUCCCUGGGUAAACAUACCCAUUGGUAUUUCCGAGCUUGAGCGAGAGGAUUGCUACUAUUCAAGUAUGUUCGACCCGAUCACAGAUGAAGACACGGAUUACAGUUGUCGCCAUCGUGAGUACAUGGCGGGUAUCACUCGACUCACAGACACAAGGGUACAAAUUAUGUGCUGCCGUCUGCGCUCCCGCGACGAGACAAACUGUAGUGAGACUGUAUUCAACAAGCCGUUCGGUCUCAGCAAAAUAACAAUUAUUGAAUACGAUAAUCAGCUUAUUAAUGCAGUUCGCCUGGAAGGUGAUCGGUAUGUCGUCCGUUUCUGUGAUCUUGCACCAAGAGAUAUCGGUAGCAUAUAUGAUGAUGUGAAAGUGACUACAACUCAUCAUCCCAUCACCCAUACCACCACUCCAAAACCUUACAGGAAAGUGGAGAAAUAUGACCACAAAUUCUCCACUUCAUCUUCGAACAGCAUCUCGCCGUCAGCUGCGUCAACUUCAUGGAAUCAGCCUCCAGCACCACCUACUACCGUAGCUUCUGCCGGAUCGGUAGCCUCUUCCAUGAUGUCCAUCACCCAGACUGAUCUCUACAGACCUAUCAGCGCAAGCGCAUCGGUGGAUAGUGGAAAGGAUUCGGUUGGAAUGACUCUAAACACCUUCAAUAACGCCGGUGAUAUAUCGGCUCCGUCACCUCAGCUGAGAGGCAGAGCCCUUGGGGGACCUAAUCUUGGAGAUCGGGCACCUCUUGAUAUACCGACUGAUGAAAUUGAAAAUCUGGAGCCUUUGCACCCAAGCCAGUUUGAUAAUGAGCAAAUGAGCGUAGACCUUCUUCCACUCCAAGGACCACCAAUCAGUACACGAAUGAGCCCACAAAAGCCGUCUAGCAGAAAUGCUCAAACUUCGUUGUCUGACCCAACAAGCAAUUGGCAGAAACCUAAGACGGUUUUGAAUGACGAAAAAUUGAUGCAGCUGAAAAGUAGCAUUGAGGAAAAAGAAGAAAUUGACUUGCUGAAGGAUCCUGAAACUGAAGAGAGCUCCACCACUAAUUCGCCAACGUCCACAGCAUCAUCGAUAUCAACCGAGGUCACCGAAACUGCGAAAAUUGACGUGAUAGUGGCGGAACGAAAUGAAACUAGCGAAACAAUAGUCACGACAACCCCUGUAUCUAAAACAAUCGAUGAAAAUUCAAUGGAAGACAUGACCAUGGUUAGCGAUCUCUCUCGUCUGACAUUCCCCAAUGAAGUUUUUCCAAAGUCUAGCGAAAAGAAGUUGGCUCCAUCGACCCGACUGAAGAUCUCCAAGAUGGAACUGCCUUUGAAAGCUGGCGUAUCCGCAGACGACUUUCUCUUCCUGCGUCCAGUGAAUUCAGAAGGACAUCGCCGUUCACCUCUUCGAACUUACCGCCCUCAUGUUGAUGUCGGGUCCUCAGAGGAAGAUGAUGGGAUGAACGAAACUAUCAAUUCUUGGGAAACCACAACCAUAGAAAGCCCUAGGCCUAGAAAAACUAUCAAGAUUCUCAAGAAAAAAAUUCGAGCGAAUCGACACCGUGAGGAAAAGGAGCAGAAUAUUGAAAUCAAAAAGGAAGAUCAAGCAAAAUCAGAGGAGGAUACACCAACGACGACUGACGUAGACGAUUUGAGGACGGAAGAAAUCGUUGUCGGACACACCACAACUGCUUCACCACGGCGUGAUCUGCCUUCUGCCAGGAAGGUGGUCGAGACGAUGACGCAUAAGGUGGACAAUGCGCAUUCUGUAGAUGAAGAAACAGAUGCUAGUCCUUUCGAGGAUGAAACCUCUACUAAGGUUUCUGGCAGCCAUGAUAUUUCUACAUCGACUGCAUACGACAAUUCCGGAACCAGACCGUCUCUCAGUUUUCAAGCGGACGAGGAUAUUGAAGAUGUUAUAUUGAAGCUCUCAUCAGCUACCCAGAACAUUCGACGCGCUCCGGUUCGGGAAUCACAACCGAGUGAACAGUUUGACAAAGAUGUUGAGGAGACUGAUACUCUCCAAGACAAUGCCAAGAGUAGCUUCAGUGUACAAAAGGACGGAAGCAGGACGCAUGUGCCCACCGGAAUGCAUCCCAUUGUUAUACCUGAAAUGGCUAUUUUUGAAAAGAAGCACAGAGGCGAGAAUAUAGUCGAAGACCUUGCAGAAAGCGCUGGCAUCGACAAGGAUGCAGGAGACGCCGACGAAGACCUUAGUGUUCGUCCAACGCAAAAAGAAGUCACAGACAAUCUAGUACUGGUGAGCUCGAAGUCUUUCGUCGGAGUGCCCCCUACAUCAGCUACUGAGAAAGCAUCCACAUUCUCUGCUGCCGACACAACAAAAAUGGAGCCAUCGAGCACAGCUUCACGUUCGACGACAUCGUACAAUCCAGCGACAUUCUACCACACACCCGUACCAAGGCCUACUAAGAAAGCAAAAAUACUCACUUUCUGCACAAAAGAUGUGGCUAUUCGCGAUAUUCGAAAUAUGGCAAUCGCGUGCGGUAGUGAUGCGGAUAUAUGGCAACCGAGUAGAUGUCCACUCGGAGCAGACUGUCUACUGUCUCAAGAUAGCUCGUACAGAUUGUGCUGCCCUGUAUUCAAAGGAUGA